CAUCAUCAGAGUACCAAAACUCAAUUCCCUUCAAAACAAACAUAACAAAACCAUGAAGAAGACCAACUUCCUCACCACUUCACUACUCGUCCUUAUAGCCUUGCUCAUCUUUAGCGACGGCAUCUCCCUCGUCGUCGCCACAGGCGAUUACAACAACAACGAGAUCGACCACCGCUGUGAUGAGGAUGCCGGCAAGUACGAUGACCAGGCCUUGAAGAACGAGACCUUGAAAUCGAUCGAUUGUGCCAUUGCCGCCGUAGCCGGAGGGCAUCCCAACAAGUGCACGUACAAUCUCGAUUCGGAAUUCUUCGCCGCCGCGAAUUGUACCCUCACGCUGAGCCAAGAAGACUGCAAGAGCUGUCUCUAUAACGCCCAGUACCGGGUGGUCGACACCUACUGCCCGAGUUACUACGGAGCCUGGCUCAAACUUGCGGAUUGCUACGUGAGGUAUGCCCGCGAGUCGUUGUUUUGCGGUCGGUGAGAGUUUCUGUAGACACCUUAUUUUGUCCGGGUUAAACGUAUUGAGGGACGGUUGUGACGUGUCCAUCAAAAUCGUAUUAUACGUAUCAUCGCUAGACCAAUAUGGCAUGCUAUAAAUGUAUGGUAUGAUGAGAUUAAAAAAAAAAAAAAGAAGCUAUUGAAGUUUGAUCCUGUUUUUCUUUUUUCUCUCUUUGUCCUGCAUUUCGACCGUGUACAUGGGAAUGAUCAUCCCAUUUGGUUCGACAAUUAAGAGAAAUUAAUAUAAGAUUCGUAUUUUG